GGGCGGGCUCUCUCUAUGCCCGGGUCUCCAAGACCGCUGAGAUGUCUGUGAAUGUGUCAAGAAUCUGUACAGCUGCCGAGCGCUACACCACAUUACUGGUAUUCCUACUUUAGAGACGUAUUUUAAGAAUUUACUAUGCUCUCUUGUUGGUGUCGUUGCUAGGUCGGUAAAACCUGUCCAGUUAUGAGUAGUGAAGUCGAUUAGUAUUAUGUGGGAUUCCGAAACUGUUAUGCGUUUGCGUUUACCGUGCGCCACGAGCCUGCCGCGUGUUGRAUUGUGUCGACAUCAGUUGGAGCACUGUCCACGGUGCUGAAAGUCAAGAGUCUUACCCUAAGUGGCGAACAGAGGCAGCUGAGGCGUUCCCGGGUAUAUGUAUAUGCAACUCAAAUCUUGAGAUGACGCGGAAAAGGCUGCACUCUGUAGCUGUAUGGGGAUUCUUCGCGUGGGAAAUAGCUGUGUUGUUAAGUCUGGUGGCGUCUAAAGAGCCAGAGAGUCCUCGGGGGAGAGCAGUGCAUCCUCCGUCACCCUCCGACUUCUUGGACAAACUCAUGGGGAGAACCUCAGGCUACGACGCCAGAAUUAGGCCCAACUUUAAAGGUCCCCCUGUGAACGUAUCAUGCAACAUUUUCAUCAACAGCUUUGGCUCCAUAGCUGAGACUACAAUGGACUACAGAGUGAACAUCUUCCUCCGUCAAAAGUGGAACGACCCCAGGUUAGCGUACACAGAGUACCCUGACGGUUCUCUGGACCUGGACCCCUCUAUGUUGGACUCUAUCUGGAAACCUGACUUGUUCUUCGCCAACGAGAAAGGWGCCCAUUUCCACGAAGUCACCACAGACAACAAGCUGUUAAGAAUAUUCAAGAACGGCAACGUCCUCUAUUCUAUACGAUUGACAUUAACCCUUUCCUGUCCGAUGGACCUGAAGAACUUCCCCAUGGAUGUACAGACGUGUAUCAUGCAGCUAGAGAGCUUUGGCUACACAAUGAAYGACCUGAUCUUUGAGUGGCAGGAGAAUGGACCAGUCCAGGUAGCUGAUGGGUUGACCCUCCCACAGUUCAUAAUGAAGGACGAGACGGAUCUGAGAUACUGCACCAAGCACUAUAACACAGUGCGUUUCCACCUGGAGAGACAGAUGGGUUACUACCUGAUCCAGAUGUACAUCCCCUCUCUCCUCAUCGUCAUCCUCUCCUGGGUCUCCUUCUGGAUCAACAUGGACGCCGCGCCCGCUAGGGUGGCACUGGGCAUCACCACUGUGCUCACCAUGACCACCCAGAGCUCCGGUUCUAGAACGUCUCUGCCUAAGGUGUCCUAUGUGAAGGCCAUCGACAUCUGGAUGGCGGUGUGUCUGCUCUUCGUAUUCUCCGCUCUGCUCGAGUACGCCGCCGUCAACUUUGUCUCCAGGCAACACAAGGAACUCUUAAGACUCCGCCCGCGGAGAACAAAGAAGAAGGACGACGAUGUGAGGGAGAGCCGCCUCAGCUUCACCGCCACGACCGGCGGUGGCGGCACGGCAGUCAAGGACGGCACCAUCCCCAAGGCCACCAACAACGCCGCCACCACCCCGGGCGCCGCGGGGCCACAGCCCACCCAGCAGCCCAAGAAGGACCCGGCCGCCAAGAGCCACGAAGAGAUGAGAAAGCUGUUCAUCGACCGCGCCAAGAAGAUCGACACRGUAUCACGGGCGGGUUUCCCCCUGGCCUUCCUGUUUUUUAACAUUUUCUACUGGGUCCUGUACAAGAUUCUCCGGGCUGAGGAUGUGCACAAGGACUAG